GCGACGCUGCUCUGCCCCAUCCUCAAGAUGGUCCUGGUCGACCCUGUGCUGGCGGCUGACGGGUUCAGCUACGAGAGGAGGGCGAUCGAGAGCUGGUUCAUGAGGAACGGGCCCUGCAGCCCCGUGACAGGAGAGGAGAUGAGCCUGGAGCUUCGCGACGACAAGCAGAAGCAGGAGGAGCUGCGGCUGUGGCGAGCGAGU